CCUGCGGCGGGAGGGGGCCAGAGGGGAGAUGUCGCAACCGCCUCCCUCCCUCUUUCCCCGCCUUGGCGCUCAGUCGCCUCCCAGAUGAGCGCGCUAGCAGACGGCUGCGGGCCGCCGGGCGCAGGGCAUGUCCCCUGAGUGCGCGCAGGCGGCGGGCACUGGGUCCCCGCGCAGUCUGGAGCGGGCCAACCGCACCCGCUUCCCAUUCUUCUCCGACGUCAAGGGAGACCACCGGCUGGUGCUGACCGCUGUGGAGACGGUCGUGCUGGCGCUCAUCUUCGCGGUGUCGCUGUUGGGCAACGUGUGCGCCUUGGUGCUGGUGGCGCGCCGACGGCGCCGCGGCACCACCGCCUGCCUGGUGCUCAACCUUUUCUGCGCGGACCUGCUCUUCACCAGCGCCAUCCCGCCCGUGCUGGCUGUGCGAUGGACUGAGGCCUGGCUGCUGGGCCCGGUCGCCUGCCACCUGCUCUUCUACGUGAUGAGCUUGAGCGGCAGCGUCACCAUCCUCACGCUGGCGGCCGUCAGCCUGGAGCGCAUGGUGUGCAUCGUUCGCCUGCAGCGGGGCGUGCGGGGCCUGGGGCGGCGGGCGAGGGCCGCGCUGCUGGCGCUCAUCUGGGGCUACUCGGCGCUGGCCGCGCUGCCCCUCUGCGUCUUCUUCCAAGUCGUUCCGCAGCGGCUCUCCGGUCGGGACCAGGAAAUUCCGAUUUGCACACUGAGUUGGCCCAGCAUCGCUGGAGAAAUCUCCUGGGAUGUGUCGUUUGUUACUUUGAACUUCUUGAUGCCGGGAUUGCUCAUUGUGAUCAGCUACUCCAAGAUUUUACAGAUCACAAAGGCAUCAAGGAAAAGGCUCACGGUGAACCUGGCUUCCUCGGAGAGCCACCAUAUCCGCGUGUCCCAGCAGGACUUCCGACUCUUCCGUACCCUCUUCCUGCUCAUGAUCUCCUUCUUCAUUAUGUGGAGCCCCAUCAUCAUCACCAUCCUCCUCAUCUUGAUCCAGAAUUUCCAGCAGGACCUGGUCAUCUGGCCAUCCCUCUUCUUCUGGGUGGUGGCCUUCACGUUUGCCAACUCAGCCCUGAACCCCAUUCUCUAUAACAUGUCACUGUUUAGGAAUGAAUGGAGGAAAAUUUUCCACUGCUUCUUCUACCCAGAAAAGGGAGCCAUGUUUACAGAUACAUCUGUCAGAAGAAAUGAUCUGUCCGUUAUUUCCAACUAAUUAAAUUUUUCUCUAUAGGCAGAGUUUAUCACCCUCUGGAAAGCUAGGAUACACUUUCAAAGGGAGUUUAUUUCCAGGACCAUCGCAUCACUGUAGCCUGCUUUAAGAAAAUGUAACCUAUGCAAAUACACAUUUAUAGCACCAGUAAAUUAAGGGGUGAUCAUUCAGUAUGACAAUUUUACCCUUCAUAAAAGGAUUUGUUAUGGGCUCCCUUUAAAUAUGAACUUUUUCCAGUGUGUUUGUAAUAUGAUUGAGUUUAAUAAAUUUUUAUUUAUAGCUGUUCAGCAA